CCCUGGGAAGCCGCGCCGAGGGAAGCCGCGCCGGCCCUGCCGGAAGGGAGCGAGGGAGCGCGGGAGGCGGCUGUGCGCGGCUGCCCUCGCCCGCCGGAGCCCCGCGCUGCCCGGGAGUUGCUACUGUUGCUUUAAGGACAUUGAUGUGGACAUCAGAGUGAUAGUUCACCUUGAUCAUCACCAGAACAAACUCCACAAGAGAUGGAAGACAUCGAGCCGUGGUACACUCAGAAAGUGUACACGAGGUACUGGAGACACUAUGACUUAGCCAUGCGCUGGAUGCGUAGGCACCAGAAAGCCUACAGGAAAGCCAUGGAGUCCUUUUAUCACCUGCCGUGGCAUCCGUGGCAUCCUGCUGCAGCCUCUUCAAGCAGCCACUACUCAGAUUGGGGUGGGAAUGAUCUCCCAUAUACCCAAAACUACUCUUCCAGCUGUAGACCACAUGUCAGAGCUCCAUAUUAUUCAGAAGCUCAGCAGUACACAGGUGCCUACCAGGAGAGGGAGGAUGCUGACAAGGAUUCUGAAAUGGAAGAGGAUGCUGAAAGGGACUCUGAAAUGGAGGAAGACUCUGAGUCUGAAGGGGAGAUAGAAUAUGACUUGAGCAAUAUGGAGAUCACAGAGGAGCUUCGCCAGUUCUUUGCAGAGACAGAGAGGCACCGAGAAGAGCUGCGGAGGCAGCAGCAGCUGGAAGCUGAGGACCCAUACGUGGAGGCUGAUCAAGACCUGCACAGGAGGGUGGAGCGUUCUGUGGAGCCGCCUACAGAAAGACCUGGGGAGAGGCGCAUGGCAGAAAUGAAGAGACUGUAUGGUGCUGAAGCUGCCAAAAUCCAGGCAAUGGAGGCUGCCCUGCAGCUGAUCUUUGAUAGGAACUGUGACAAAAAGCAGCCCAAAUACUGGCCCAUUAUUCCCCUUAAGCUCUCUCUUGGCCAGCUGGCAUCCCAUUUUUUACUUUUCCAGCGGGCAUUGGUUCAGUUUGGCGUGAUCCUUCAGAGUGGGAGCAGUAGCCUAUUUAGAGCUUAAAACACAUAAAGACUGACUGGCUGGAACCCCAGAGAACGACCUAGCAAGAGGCUGAUGAGGGCACUUAGCCAGACCAUCUCCAAAACACUGUUGUUAAAAGAACCUGAUAUGCAUGUUAAGUAAACAUCAAAUAUGCAAAACCCAGCACAUGUAACAUGCAGAUAAUAGCAUAAGGUAAUGGGCCCUAUCUCCAAAUAAAUAAUAGUACCCUCAUUACCACAGGCAGUUUCAAUAUUUUCUGUUCACUUUCAAUGUCCUCUGGAUGGGUCAUAUCUAUAACACAAUAAAACUCCCACAGGCUCCAGCAGGAGCUGAAUUUAGGGUUAAACUCUGGCUAAAAUGAGGGAAAGAAAUUUCUCUUGCACACAAACAGGCAAAAGCUCUAGAAUAAAUGUGAUCCAGGAAGUUAUUACAUAAAGGCAUUGAUAAUUUCAUUUGCAUAUAAAAUAAUAACAACAAGAACGGAAGCUAAAUUAUCCCAUAUAUACAGAAACCCUGGGUGUUCAGGAUUGGCUAUUCAUUAUUCUCUUGUCAUAUAAAGCAAUUCAGUCUGCAGCUGCAUUUCUCUUACAAAUCCAAUUCAAUCAAGAGAACCGAAACAUCAUUAGCAAACCCACUGAUUUAUCCACCAGUAAAGUGCUGAUACAGGCUUCUGUUCCUGCUGCUAAUAAAUUUUCUGCAUAGAAGUGUUGGCUCUCUCUAGGGAUCUCCCAUUAUUCUAAUGAAUACAGAUUUCUAACUUAACCACUGGAAUUUUUAAGCCUGAAGGUCUAUAAUAGUAGGGUUCAAAACCUGUGGGAGUCAUAGGAAAGAAAGGACAUGAACCCGUGUACCCAGUUGCCUCAGAGAUGUGUCUAGAUGUAACUGCAGAUGGAGCAGCACCUGGUGCCUUAGAAAAUUGCUGUAGUAGGAGCUUUUUCUUCCCCUUUCUGAAAUACAAUCACUGUCUCCUGUUUUGCUCAUUACUUCCUCUCCCUAUUUCUCUCAGUGGGCUUGCUUGCAGAGCUUUGCCUCCCUCUCUGUAGCUUUCCCUGGCUCCCACUUGGUUUGUUGCAUUAAUUGCCAGCCUGCCAGGCUCAUUUACCUCUGCCUCAACCUCUCUUCUACAGAACUGCAGGAAAUGCUCUGAAAACCGCUGGUAGAUGUUGUCUCCAGUUCCUCCUGCACAUCAUCUACCAGCAGGGCUCUGGGCAGUCACCUCCGUGCUCAUCACAGCAUCACCUCGUUGAUACCUCGUAUGCAUGAGCCCUUACACACUAUUUCAAGGCCUGGGCAUGCACUUCUGCUUCUUUUUCAAGGUGGACUUCAAACAGUGAAAGCCCAAGGGGUGUUGGAAGUGAUGUUGUCUUUUGGGAAUAAUUGUACAAGCUGCAGUUUCUGUAACUUCUUUAACGGGUCAUUUUAUCUGCCAGGUUCUUGUGAUGUUUGGUUUGCCUGUGGCCCUUUCAUCUUUUAAACACAAAGAAGCUAUAUCCUUGGAAUAGUGGAUGGCAGAAUUAAUGUUCUAAGCUAUCUGGCAGCUAUGCAACACUCAUGUUUGGCCUGAACUUUAUUUUUUAAAAAAAAAAGAAGUACAGAAAGUAAGAAAACAGAUCCGCCUAUGACAGCAGAACGUGUUUAAUAUAGUUUUAAUAAUUUUUUUUUUACAUUCCUCACUUGGAAUUAUAUUAUUUUUCUAUUUGCUGAACAUGGUAUCCAGGAGAACAAGAAUGAGAUAACAAAGAGUCUUAAAAGAGUGUUCUUUACUUAAAAAAUCCAGGCACUCCUAUCCAUCUUAUGUAUGCUAUAAAUAAAGGAUAAAAUUAUUACCAAUGUAA